AUGGCACAGGUCUGCGAGCCCCCACGGGGCAGUGAGGAAGACGAGCAGCCGCAGCCAGAGGCCGGCUCCAUCAGUGGACACGAGAACAGGCCUUCGCCCAAGGAGCUGGAGGAGCUGGAACUGCUGAACAGGGCCUUAGAAAAGGCACUGAAAGUCAGGAGAAGCGUCUCAAAAACUCCGUUAGUGGCCCAAGGAGCUGCAGGAGAGAAAUCUGCAGAUGAAGGACCUGCUCCCAGGAAUGCUCAAGAGCGGCAAGUGCCUGCAUCUGUUGAGGAUGUUCCUGUAACCACAAAAGUGAGAACUGUAAGCAAAAAGCCUGCCUCUUUGAAGAAGCCCUCUCCAUACAAGCUGGGAGCCCCUUAUAGGACUGACCCAGAUGUGAAAAAAACGCAAAGGAAAGCCCCAGCCAGAUGUGUCUCUCAAGGUCCCAGGACAGCUGGGAAGAGCUCCUCAAAAGGGGUGGCUUGCAAACAAGGAAGGAGCCAUAGGACAGCAAUCAGUGCCAGAGACCAAGCGGCCUGUGCUGCAGCUGAACCCCAAAAGAUACCUGGCUUGUCCAGGUCUGCCCCGGAUGAGCAGCAGAGCUUUUCUGUAGAGGAUUCAGCUGGGGGAGAGAACUCUGUAGCUGCUGGCAAGCGGUUAUUUGAUGCAGGGAAGAAAAGUUGUGCUUCCCUGGGAGAGUCCAGCAAAAAGGAGGACCCUACAACUGAAGGUGCAUUGGGAAGGAGCACCUCACCUCGGGCAGUCACCCUCCAGGAAAAGGGAUGCCAGCUGAAGCUACCCCUUCCCUACAGGAAAGCCUAUUCCAGGAACUCCAGGGCAUGGGAGAGAUGUCGUCUCUGCCAAACAAGUGCAGACGCAGCAGCUGCAAGGAACCGUUUUAUAGAGAGGAUCCAGACAACUUUUCGUUCACCGAUGCUGGCCUUCAGUCCUGCAGAGAUAGAGGAGGAAUUAAAGGUCCUCCAGGAUGUCCCCUCCCUUCUGAGCCAGUAUGUGGAAGCUGAGCCUGCAGACCAUCCCACUCUGCAAAGAGAGUAUGAAAGCCUUCUAACCUUGGAGGGUUUGCAAACCACAGUUUCCCAGUGCCUGCAUAAGCUGCAGCUUCUGCAAGCAGCUGUGGAGUCCCAGUUGAGGCUGUGCCCAGACUGCACUGGGGAUGUAGGAAGCUGCUCUCCAGCCUGUGUUCCUCCCAGGGGACAGACGUGUGACAGUGCAGGCAUGCUGGCUGUGCCUCUCCUUUGUUACUCCAGCUUCCAGGAGCUGAGGGACCUGUUUGCCUUGAAGCUGCAAGUGUCAAUGCUGCACCAAGAAGUUGCCUUACAAAAGGUCAUGAUGGCAGAACUCCUGCCUGUCCUGGAGUCCAGGCUCUACCCGGAGGCCUCUGCAGCUCAGCUGUAUCGGGCAAUUUACACGCAGCUCUGCGAAGGAGGCAAGCGAUUCCCUGUGCUGGUGAGAGAUGAGCUGGCAGACUGAUCCAGUGGGAACC